AUGGAUGAUAAUACCUUGAUGAAAUACUCUAUGGACUUGAAAAUUGCAUUAACUGACUCGAAGAAUAAUGAAUCAGACAUUGAUCCACACGCACUAUGCAGUGAAAUUCGCAUGUUUGCCAAUUUAGUUCCUAGCAACUCAACGGCCAUGCAAGCACUGGAAUAUCUGUAUGAGAAGGAGUUAGCAACUGCCAUGCCUAAUGUUGCUGCGACUCUCAGAAUACCAUUGACUGUGCCUAUAACGGUAUGUUCAGCGGAGAGGAGUUUUUCAAAACUCAAGCUUAUCAAAAAUUACUUGCGAAGCUCCAUGAGCUACGAACGUCUGAAUAGUCUGGCAUUAAUUUCAAUUGAGCAAGAGAUAGUCGAAUCUCUUGAUUAUUCUGAACUUAUUCAUGAGUUUGCUAGUGCCAAGCCACAAGGGGAGCAAACCAGCCCAACUUGGUGCCAGUCACAAGACUUGGUAAAUAGAGAGGGUGCAUUUCUGAUUCCAUACACCAUAAUGCUGGCCUUUGUGGGUCUCCCCCUCUUCUUUCUGGAAUGUUCCUUUGGGCAGUUUGCAAGCCUUGGUCCUGUUUCUGUGUGGAAGGCUGUCCCAAUCAUGCAAGGUGUUGGUGUUACAAUGGUGCUGGUAUCAACUCUUGUGGCAACCUACUACAACUGCAUCAUUGGCUACAGUAUUUACUACUUGUUUGCAUCCUUCCAGUUCCCCCUUCCAUGGAGUGACUGUUUUGAAUGGUCUGAUGAGAACUGCAGUAAGCAGCCCAAAGAAUAUUGCAACAUUACAUCUGCAAAUGGAAGCUUUGUAUUGGUCAAUUCAACAUGGUUAAAUGACAACAAUGCCACCUGUGAGGGAUCAAAUAUCUUCUCCAUCUCUGUGCAAAGCCCAAGCGAACAAUAUUGGGACAAAGUAGCCCUUCGUCGAUCAAGUGGAUUAGAUGAAUCUGGAGGUGUUAUCUGGCAUCUUGCUCUCUGCCUCCUGCUGGCAUGGAUAAUAGUGGGUGCUGCCUUGUUUAAAGGAAUAAAGUCAUCAGGAAAGCUGGUCUAUUUCACAGCGAUAUUUCCUUAUGUUGUUUUGAUCAUCCUGUUGAUACGAGGAGUAACUCUGGAAGGAGCUCGGGAAGGAAUCGAAUACUACAUAGGAACUCAUUCUGACAUUUCAAAGCUGUCUGACGCUGAGGUUUGGAAGGAUGCUGCCACCCAGAUCUUCUUUUCCCUUGGUACUGCAUGUGGAGGCCUUGUUGCUUUGUCUUCCUACAACAAAUUCAACAACAACUGCUAUUCAGAUGCAAUUGUCGUUUGUGUGACCAACUGCGCUACAAGUGUAUUUGCUGGAUUUGCCAUCUUUUCUGUUCUUGGGCACAUUGCUUAUAUAUCACAUAAGCCUGUGUCUGAAGUCGCCCAGUCAGGCUUUGGCUUGGCUUUCAUUGUAUAUCCUGAAGCCCUUUCAAAGUUGCCCAUAUCACCACUAUGGUCUAUCCUUUUCUUCUUUAUGCUACUGACGCUUGGUAUUGACAGUCAGUUUGCAUUGAUAGAAACCAUUACAACAGCGCUACAAGAUGAAUUUCCCAAGUACCUUCGUUCAAGGAGAGCCCUCAUUACAGUAGUUGUCUGUGUUGUGCUUUAUCUUCUUGGCCUGCCCUGCGUAACUGGGGCUGGAAUCUACUGGGUGAAUUUAAUUGAUCACUUCUGUUCUGGAUGGGUAUGUUUAAUAGCUGCUGUCUUGGAACUCGUUGGGAUAAUCUACAUCUAUGGAGGAAACCGAUUCAUCAAGGAUAUUGAAAUGAUGAUUGGCAAGAAAAACUGUUAUUUCUGGUUGUGGUGGAGAGCUUGCUGGUUUUUCUUUUCUCCCUGUUUACUUACGGUGAGCACUGCAUUUGAGUUUCAUUUUAAUAUUGAAAAAUUCAUAACAUUGGAGAUGUAA